CUAACAGCAUGGCCUGCUGCCAGGGAUCUCUCUCUCUUGAUAGUUGAAUGGAACUGACAUGUCACUCUGUUUCAGAUUCCCUCUUCCCAUUGGUUCAGAGGAAAGAGGAGAAGGCCCACACCUGUUAGCCCUCAGUUUCCCUGAGGAGAAACCUGCAGGCAUUAGUUUCACUUUCUGUUUCAGGUUCCUACUGUGACUAUAAAAGCACAAACACACACACCACAGCUCACAGAGCUGUCUCCCAGCCCUUCUCUGAGAGUCCAGUUGGUGUGCAAGUCCACAAGACAGCAGAGAGUCAAGGCAGGAUUCUGAGGAGCCUGUCCUGGUGAGAACCCAAGAACUGCUGCCACCUUCACAGCAACCAUGGGAGAGAAUGCUGGCAGUGAUCAGGUCAAGGAGAAUCUGAUUCAGCUGAGAUGUCACUUCACAUGGCAUCUGCUGUUGGAAGAUGUUGACAUACCUGAUUUGGAAAUGAGGAUCUCUGAGGAGCUUGAGUUCCUAGACAUCAAAAACUCAGUGGGGAUGCUCAACCUCAGGGCCUAUGUGAAUCACCUGAAAGGAGAGGAUGAGGAAGCCCUGCAGAGCUUGAAAGAAGCAGAAGCCUUGAUCCAGGGAGAGCAGUUGGGCAAGAGAAGCCUGGUGACUUGGGGUAACUAUGCUUGGGUGCAUUACCACAUGGGCAGGUUGGCUAAAGCCCAGACCUACCUGGACAAGGUGGAGAACACUUGCAAGGAAUUGAGCAGUCCCUACCGCUAUAGUAUGGAGUGUGCCGAGAUGGUCUGUGAGCAAGGCUGGGCCUUGCUGAAGUGUGGAGGACAGAAUUAUGCAGGAGCCAUGACCUGCUUUGAAAUGGCUCUGACAGUGGAGCCUGAAAACACUGAAUACAUCAUUGGCUAUGCAGUUGCAGCCUAUCACAUAGACUUUGAUGACGAUCUCUCUCUAGAAUCUCUAAGAAAGGCUGUCAGGUUAAAUCCAGAUGAUCCAAAUAUUAAAGUGUAUCUAGCACUGAAGCUUCAGGAUGUAGGAGAAGCAGCUGAAGCAGAAACACACAUUGAAGAAGCCCUCAGUAACACAUUCUGCGGACACUAUAUCUUUCGAUACAUAGCCAAGUAUUACCGAAGGAAAGGCUGCAUAGACAAGGCUCUCUGUCUGCUACACAAGGCCUUGCAGUUGUCACCUGCCUCUGCCUACCUUCAUUACCAACUAGGGCUCUGCUACCUUCAACAAGUGUUGCAACUGAGGACAUCCAGCAAUGAGCGGGCCAGAAGGCAGGUGGCAUAACAGGCCAUUUUUGAAUUUCAAGAGACUCUGAAACUCAGGCCCAGAUUAGAGAUGGCUUAUGUUUGCAUGGCUGAAGUACAGGCAGAAAUGGGCCAAUAUGAAGAAGCAGAAGCAAAUUUCCAUAAGGCACUGAACAUGAAGGAACUGAACAGGAAUCUUGAGUGUCACAAAGAGCAGGAUAUUCAUUUACGCUAUGGCCGUUACCAAGACUUUCAUAGGAAAUCAGAGGACGAGGCGAUAACCCAGUACUUAACAGGUCUUAAUCUGAAAGAAGAAAACUUUGUCUGGAGGAAACUACUCAAAGCUUUAGAGGAAGUGGCCACAAGACGUGUUCACCAGAAUGUUCGACUUGUGGAGAGCACUAGCUUGCUUGGGUUCGUCCACAAACUGAAAGGGGAUAGGAAGGAAGCCCUGCAGUUCUAUGAGAGGGCUCUGAGGCUCACUGGGGAAAUGAACCCUGAGUUCUGA